UUGUGUCCAAACUAAUCAACAUCUGUUUAAGGUUUCAAGCAAGUGCAAAAUGUCUGAGUUAAAUUUCAAAAGUUUAGAAGACACCCUCAACAAGUACAUUCCGUCGGAAGAGUUACGAGAAGUUAAGCGUGUGCUAUAUGGCAGGGCAGAUGACAAUGAACUUUCAUUUUCAGACGAAACCAUUUCUUUGGCGAAAGACGUCGAUAUCGAAUUAAAGGGAUACGUUUUUACCGCCCGGAAAGAGGAUCUUCGACGGCCAAGGAUUGUACGUGUAGCAGCUGUUCAAAAUUCGGUCGAUAUACCUACUACUGCACCGAUCCACGUCCAACGAGAUGCGUUACAUGAGAAAAUCUCAAACAUUUUACGUGUCGCCGUCACCGCCGGAGUUAAUAUUGUAUGCCUUCAGGAAGCUUGGACCAUGCCGUUUGCAUUCUGCACGCGUGAGAAAUUCCCCUGGUGUGAGUUUGCAGAAGAUGUCGAAAAUGGCCCAACGACAAAGAUAUUGAAAGAGUUGUCCAAACAAUAUAACAUGGUCAUCAUUUCGCCCAUUCUUGAGCGUGACUUGAAUCAUCACGACACGAUCUGGAAUACGGCAGUGGUCAUUUCAAACAACGGCACUGUUAUUGGGAAGCAUCGCAAGAACCAUAUUCCCCGGGUGGGGGAUUUUAACGAGUCUACGUAUUAUUUCGAGGGUGAUACGGGCCACCCAGUGUUCGAAACGCAGUUUGGUCGGAUCGGCAUUAAUAUUUGUUAUGGACGCCAUCAUCCGCAAAACUGGAUGAUGUUUGGUGUAAAUGGAGCGGAAAUUGUGUUCAAUCCGUCGGCAACGGUAGGAGGACUCAGUGAACCUCUAUGGGGAAUAGAAGCCAGGAAUGCGGCAAUAGCCAAUAGUUACUUCACUGUAGCAAUAAAUCGCGUGGGAACGGAAGUGUUUCCGAAUGAGUUUACCUCCGGCAAUGGACUUCCGGCUCACAAGGAUUUUGGACCAUUCUAUGGAUCAUCCUAUGUAGCUGCACCUGACGGUUCCCGUACACCUGGUUUGUGCCGGGAUAAGGAUGGUUUGCUCGUGGUAGAGAUGGACUUGAAUCUCUGCCGUCAGAUAAAGGACUUUUGGGGAUUCCAAAUGACCCAGCGUCUCCCAUUGUACGCUGAAAGCUUGGCUAAAGUCAUCAAACCCGACUACAAACCACAAACAAUAAGAGAAAACUGAGCCAUGAUUCAAUGAAGCGUGUUAAAGGGGAGAUACAGAGUAUGUCAUUCAUAAACUGCAUUGUUGGGGCUCGCGAAAGAAAUUACAAAAAAUAAAUCAAACAUUGUAUGCUACCAAAUCGUAUCCUGCACAAGGCAUCUG